AUGUUGAUGGCGUGUGCUCUACUAAAAGCUGUCUUCCCCUGGCAAAACAGCAACGUUGUGGACAUGAGCAAGAACAACAUCACUAUAGUAAGAGAUGGCGUGUUCAUUAACCACACACAUUUGGAAUAUUUGGAUCUGAGCUACAACAAAAUAUCUGAGAUCUCAUCCGAGGCAUUUUCAGGUCUGAAAUCAUUAAAUAUACUCAACUUGGAAGAAAACAAUCUUAAAAUCUUAAAAACAGGAAUUUUAAGUGACCUGAUAUCCCUUUGGGUCAUUCAUCUGCAGGGAAACGAAAUAUCAGAGAUAGAAACUGGCGCAUUUACAGGUUUGCUUUCAUUGCAUACCCUUUCCCUUCAAAGAAACAAACUUUCAGUAUUGAAAAAUGGAAUAUUCAAGAACCUUGCAUUCUUAAAAAUUCUCAACCUUUACGACAAUGGCAUUUUAGAGAUUGAACCUGAGGCUCUAUUUGGUUUGCAAGCAUUAGAAAUACUUCAACUGCAGAAAAACAAACUCAAAACUUUGACAAAUAUGAUAUUCAGUAACCUCAAAUCCUUGAAAGAACUUAUUCUUGAUAACAAUGAAAUUUCAGUUAUAGAAUCAGAUGCAUUUUCCGACUUGCAAUCAUUAAAUAUAAUAUUGUUAUUUGCAAAUAAUCUCACAAAGGUUUCAGAUGGCAUAUUCAGUAAUUCAUCUUCCCUCAAGAGGAUCGAUCUCACAGAUAAUAAAAUAUUCAUGAUAGAACCAGGGUCAUUUUCUAAUUUGAAACAGUGUGAUUUCUUAGAUUUAUUCCACAAUAAACUCACAAAACUUUAUUCUGCUAUGUUCAGUGGCAUGUCCUCAUUACAAGAGUUAUCUUUAACUGUUAAUGAGAUAACAGAUGUUGAAUCUGGCGCAUUUAUGGGACUUGAAAAUCUUGAAUACCUCUUCCUAGAUAAAAAUAACUUGAGUAAAAUACCAACUGAUGUUUGCGAACAUUUACCAAAAUUAAAUUAUUUAACAAUUAGAAGUAACAUCAUGAUGGAUGGCCCUUCUGAAUACGAAAGUAGGAAUGAACUUAGGGCACUGUGUUUAACCAUGGAACCUCCACAUGUCGAAACUGGAACGUCAUUUGACAAUGCUACAGUUUCAUCAUCUCAAACGAGACAACCAUUGAUUUGUAUGUUAUGUGGAUAUUCAGUUUUUAUACUGUUAACUAUUACUUGAGUGUCUCUGGCAUAGGUUUUGGGCCGAUAUAAGAUGGCAGCAGCAGUAUAAUUAUUUUAACUUCUCUUUAAAGAGAAGUAUAAAUAGACAUGGGUUGAUAGACUCGUACCCCAAUACCCAUGGAACAACAUGCAGCAAAAUAAUACACACGAUACCCAUUGGACAUUCAAGUAACAAAAUAAUACACAUGAUACCACGAAAGGACAUUUGCACGAUCGUUUGAUUCAUGUUGAGCAAGAAAGGUAUGCCACUUGCAGAUAUAUUAAAUAAACUAAUUAGUAUU